AAAUAUCACUCAGCUGCCAUUAAGCUAAUGGGAGUGGGAGAGGGGUGUCUGCUUUUCUGUGCUGUUGUGCUCUGUUGAAACUCAACAUGCCUUUGCAGAUGUAGAACAGAUUAAUGAUUUGUGUUUGCCGGUACUCCUGUAUGAAUUGUUUGGAAAAGUUUCCACAUACUUCUCACUUUUUUUAGUGGAAACAAUGUUUGUGUUCUUGAAAUAACUUUGGCUGUUCAGAGAGCUGAAGGUGGUGCUGGCAUCGUGGGUUGAAGAUGGGCACAAUUAUACUUUUUGGUAUUUACACCACUGCUGCUGGAAGCAUCCCAUCCCCUGUGAGCUAUUCCCAACUCCUUCCUGUGCUCAUUCCCAACAUAAGGAUGCUCUCAUUAUAUGGGAAUCUUCAAAUAGCUUUUAAUACAAUUAACAGUACCUAGACUUGUCCUAAUAGAAGGUGUGCUCACUAGGAGUGCUGUCAGCUGACGUUGCUGAGGUUUCUGUUCUUGGACAAGUAGUUUUUCUGGAUUAAUGCUUGCUCUUUUGGGUGCAGGGAGGUGGGUGCCAAUUUAUUGACAUCUGCAGAGGGCAGAUCCAUCCAGCAAUUUUUUGGUGCUUUCUUUAUUAUCAUUAUUAUGUAAAGAACUGUUUUUGUAUGUUUUGCACUGGGCCAAACUUCUGCCUAUGUUGAAACACUCAGCAAAGCGUGUUCUGACACCUGUGUGUGAGGUGCAGGGAUUCGGGCUGCUGGUGGCAAUGGCAUCUCUGGUCACCAUUUGGGAUAUGAAGAGACACAGAUAGCAGAUCAACACUCUGCUCCCUCCAAAAGCCCCAGAGCUGCAGGAAAACCACCUCUCCCAAGGGCAGAUCUGUAUUCCCAGGGAUACAGAUCUCGGGGAUGAAGAGCCAAGAUGCAGAGCUCGGGGAUGAAAAGCCAAGCUGUGAUACUGGUGGGACCUUGCAAGGUUAGGGCAGUAAUAGCUGAGUCCUGUGCAUAUAGCUCCCACUGCACAGUGGUGGUGCUGGGAGGCUGAGAGGGCUCUGCUUUUGUAACAACUCCUUUUAAAGUUUAUAUAAUUCUCAAGCAACCCGAGAGCAAGACUGGAACUAAUUAGUGCUGUCUUGGGAAGUCUGGUGCGUUGAGCUAGAAAGAACAAAAUAUGCAAAGACAAUGCAAAUCUGCUUCUGAUGUUGAACACUGAUGGGGAAAUAUUAAGCAGGAGGGGAGUGGGGAUACAGUGUGACACUGGGCAGUCAUUGUACAUACAAUGGGCUGAGUGUGGGCUCAGCCAUCCUUGGGCCAAAUUGGUCCUGAGUAUGGGGCAGGAUGGGAUGAUUCCCCCAGUAAUUAGCAAUAGAAUGCUCUUGGAAGUCUGGCUGCUGAGCAUCGUGUGUGCUGCUCCUAACUGGUGGAGAGAGGCUUCUAUGGAGAGUACUGGUUUGCCCUGGGAACCAGGUUGGCUGAUCCCACCUCACGGGCAGCAAAUUGUAGCCCCAUGUUGAAAAGCUGCUGCUCCUUAACACCAGGCUGGGGGGUCUUUUAUUGUCUAGCUUAAAUGAAGCAAGUAACUGGAUAAUAUACUGUUUAUACUGGGUAAACAAGAAUUCAAGCAGGGAAAGCUCAUAACCCCUCCUGGCCUGUAAAUGUCUCCCAGGGUGGCUGCAGAGAGCUGGCCCAGAGGCAAGAGGAGCUUUGCUGGGUGUCUGAGAUUGUGUUUUCUGAAUAUUUAUCGUUGGAGGGUCCUGGCACUGGGCUAAGCCUUCUUCAAGGCAGCCAUCACAGGGAGCAUGCUGUGCUGGGGUCAGGAAGUGCAGCUCAGACUGGGUUCAGCUCCAUCAGCACUGUGCACAGAUUGCAGGCAGACUCCUUGCACCUGAAGGGACCUCCAGGUGAGCUACAGUCACAGCUGUAAGGCUGGAUGGCUUUGGGCUUUCCUAAGGUACCUCUUGAUGAGCCCUGCUUAGUUUCCUCCCCACACCCAUUGCCCAGCUGCAGCCUUGUCCCCUCAUUUCCUGCUGAGAGAUAUGACAGCCUUCCAGUUCCAAAAUGAAUUUGUUAUUUCUUUUGCAUUUUGUUUCUUUUCUCCUUUCUCCCUGGCUAUCUUUGCUAUUGGCCCAUUUCUAUGUGUUGCUCUGCCAGCUCUCUAUCUCAGUGCUUCUCCUCACUCCCUGGUGUGUCUGCAGGCAGGCAGAGCUCUGGCAUGCUGGGCUGCACUCCCAGUCCCCUUCCAUCCCGCAGCCACCUGUGCUCUUCUCUCUGCUCUGCAAAAAUCACAGCCCCCAGCUGUACCAGACCCUGGGCUGUAUAACACAGACACACUCAAACAGCUGCCAUUCCUUCCUCGAGAUGUCCAAAGCAGGGAUAGUCCCAGUCAGAAGCCAUCAGCAGACAGACAAGGAAAACAGGCCUGCACUCAGCACAAGGGUAAAUAUUGACAGUGGAUGCUGCUGGAGAGCUCCUUUUCUUACUUCCCGCAGUCCUGUGGAAGCCACAAGAGUUUGUUUAUCAGUGCAAAGGAGAGAUCUUUUUUGCAAGAUCCAUCCUGGUGCUCCUCUAUCCCAGCACGUCUCCCCUGUGCCCCGCUCUGUGCGAUUCCCAUUGCUUUCCUGGAGGCGACAGGUCUGCUUUGCAUCGCUGAUCCUCUUAUUCUGGCACCCUGGAAAGAGCUCUACUAAAGCAAGUUGUGCAACUCGCCUCCCUGAAGCACGAGGCAAUUAAGAGGCUUUUAUAAGUCAACGAUUUUCCUUCCCACUGGCAAUUGCAGAACCAUUGCUUUCAAUCAGAUGAGACGCGCUGUUCGAUACCCAAACGUUCUGCUCAUCGCUGGAGCCUUUUAUUUUUUAUUUCGUGCCAUAGGAAGCGACUUAUUAACGUGGAUCUGUAUUUAAAACAUGAAAGCUUUUAUUCUGAGCGAUCAGAUCCCAGUGCUUGAACACAGGGAGGCAGAGGAUCGUCUGACAAGCCCAAUUUGGCACAACAGGGAUGAGACUGCAUCAUAUGUUUCAACCAGAAAGCACUUAAGCGCUUGGCCCAUUUAUCUGCCUUGUCUCCAGCAAUGAGAUCUUUGCUGACUGCCUUGCUGUUUGCAAUGAGAGGUCUUCCUUUAUUUCCUCAAACAAAAAUGGGUUUGUACAGAACACACGUGCAGGGCUGCUGGUGAGCAUCCUGGUGCCACAGCAUCUGCUGUGAUGCCAUGUUUUGGCUUUGGGAUGAAAGCCAUGUCAUCAUUGCACUGAUGUGGUGGUUGUUGGUGAGCAAUGCUGUGCAGAGCCUAGGAUAUUUCGGGUUUUCAGCAUCUCCCACUGCCCUGCUAGGGAAGGGGCACAGAAUCAGGGUGGCUGGCCCAAGCUGCCCAAAGGAGCAUCCCAUGUCGUAUGGCAUCACUGAGAAGCCAUGAAGCCAGAAACUGCUGGGCAUUGGAUGGUGGCUGGCAAGCAAUUGCAUUGAGCAUCACUUCGUAUAUAUAUAUACAUAUAUAUAUAUAUGUAUAUCACUUUAUAUAUGCUCUUUCCCAGUGCAUUGCUUCAUUUGGAUGGGAGCAUGCUGAGCUCUCUGCCCAUAGAGCUGCAGAUAAAUGCUGGGCCACCUCACACUGUGCAGGCAGCACCUUGGCUCUGCAUUACUGCAAAGAGGACAAGUUUACCAGUGCCACAGUGCACAAAGGAAAAGAGAGAUGUCCUGAAGUUGCAGAGGGGGCCAAUUUGAGCAGCAGGUUUGUGCAGACGCCUUUCAGCGCUGCUGCUCCUCCCUGCGUGCUCCAGCACUGCUGAGCUGGGGCCAAGCCAGCGGCUGUGUCGGAGCCUCUGCUAUUGCUUUUUUCCAACCUAAUUUUCUCAGGAACUGACCCAGUUCUGGCAUUUUGGGAACUGGCAUUCUCCCUGCUGGUGAAUACUUCUCAUCUGUUUCAAAUGAUCAGUCCGGUGUGACCUUUUCUGCUAAAAUAGCUUACACAAUGAAAACGCAUCAGUGUUAAAUUCUAACAUUGCAUAACUGAAAGCAAGACCAUGCAUUUACCAGCAGGAAGGAGGCUUUUUUUCCCCUCACUUUGUAGGAACUGAGAAGGAAACAUCUGGAGUUGUGUGACUGCAAUGAGAGGGAAACCUCCCCAAAGCUCCCAUCUCCUCCCUACAAUAUCAAAGGGGUUGUACCACCCACUGCUGCUUUUCGUUGCAUCAGAAAGAAGAAAAGGUGUCAUUCAGCAGUGGGGCGGUGGCCAACCGUGAGCAAGAACUCAUAGUCUUUGGGGCCAUUUCCCAGUUUAGGACCAGGCAUCUUGCUGUGUGUGCUCACUGCAGAAUGGGGAGGAUCCUAUCUUUGCUGCUUUGGAACAUACACAGCUGGGCAGCAAUUCCAACAGUGAUACCAUCAGCCCUGCACAAGUGUUUUGAGGGUUGUUUUCCUACCAAGAAUUGCUCCUCCUGUUCCUGGUGCUGUUGCUCCUUUUCCUUAGGAUGAUUUCAUCAUUUCUCAAUAUUUCUAAAUUUGCUGCAGGAAGAUGUGUGCUCUGGCCCAGGGCUUGUCAGGGCAGCUCUGCAUUUGAAACAUCAUUUCUUGUCCCACCUGAAAGGGAGCUGAACCACCCACUUAUUACUUGCCAUGACCUGGGUUGAUCCUUCAGCACAGCAGCAGGAAUCAUAAGACUUUUGUUUUUUUUCCUCCUAGAGGACAGCAACGUGUAUUUGGCAGCAGAGCUUUUACAAGGGGGCAAAUCAAGGGUGGUGGUGGUACCUGUUCCUUGUAAGGAUGUGCAGGGCUGCACCUUUGGUGAGGUGCAAGAGGGGCUGAGAUGUGGGAGUGGUGCUGCACUGGUACAGCUGCCCAGAGGGUGGUGGGGUCACCAUCCUUGGAGGUUCUCCAGAACCAUGGGAUGUGGCACUGAGGGAUGUGGUCAUGACCAUGGUGGGGUGGGCUGGGGUUGAACUUGGAGGAUCUCAGCAGUCUUUUCCAACCUGAAUGAUUCAGGGCUGCCCUUGCAGGAUGGCAGUUGGACCACAUGUGCUCUGCCUGGGGAUGAUGCUUGUAGGUGCUGGGGACAGGCUGUACUGUACAAAAAACACUGUGCAGUUUGGUUUUUGUUUUAAUGAGUCACUAAGAUAUUUGAAACGUACUUCUGACCUACCGAGUUCAGUUAGCACCUACACUUCAUAAAUCAUAGCAGUGUCCUGCCAGCUGCUGGCUUAAUAAGGCUCCUGACUGCGUGGGAAAUGCUAUGACACUGCAAAGUGAUAUCUGAUCCCUGAAGUGAACAGACUGAGCUCUUUAAAAACCUCCACUGCUGCAAGAAAUGCAAAGUUCUGAGCAGAGCAGCCUCGGGGCUGCAAGGAGCUCAGCGUUCAGAGGCAGAGGUCCAGGUAAGAGCAUCUCCCUUGUAUGAAAUCUUUCCGUGCAACCCAUCUGUUUUUCUUUGCCUUGUGAAAAAGUGUGGAUGCGUUUGAAUUAAGCACCAUUGGAAACUGAAAAGAAAAUCUUCCUCCACUUGGACUCAUGCUCAGUGCUUUGGAUGCUGCAAUCCAUCAGAAAUGAGCUACGUCUGCUGUCUUCCCAGCUCUGAAGCCAGCUCUCAUUACCGUAGCACCUUUGUGCUGAACUGUGAGACCUUUCAGAGGCAGAGGCUGAUGCCUACAUCCCAUGAGGGAAUUCCACGGCCCCACUGCAGUGAUAGAAGCCUUUCACCACCACGAUGCUGCACCAAAGGGCUCCUCCAGUGCUGGCAAUGGCUUUGCAGCCCAUCUCCCUCCUCUCCCUGGUGUUGGCGUGGGGCUGCGUGGCCUCUUCCUCCCCCUGGCAUACAGCAGUUGCUCCCCCCCUAGACCUUCACAUCACCGAUCCUGGGCUCUUAGGUUCUCUCGAUAUAGAGUGGAAACCUCCACCCAACGUACAGACCUCCAAUGAAUGCACAGUGAAAUACAAGUGUGAAUACCGUAACACCGGCGACAGAGAAUGGAAGGUUAUUUUUACUAAGAAACUAAAACUCAGAGUUGGAUUUGACCUCAGCAGGACUGCUGAAGUGAAGGUCCAGACCCUGCUCAAAGGAUGGUGUACCAACGAUGUGGAAGUUCAAAGUGAAUGGGUUCAUGCCACCUUUCGGGUCCCACUGCAAGGGAAACUGGAAUCUAAGGUUGAGAAUUUUCAUUGCGUCUAUCAUGACUGGGAAUACCUCAAGUGCACGUGGCAACCGGGUCUCCUUGCUCCUCGUGGUGUAAAUUAUGGACUAUACUACUGGUAUGAGGGUCUGGAGCACGCAGCGCAGUGUGACAACUAUAUCCAGGAUCAUGGUAUAAACGUGGGCUGCAUGCUGCAGAACCUGAGCCAGGCAGAAUACAAAGACCUGAGCAUCUGUGUCAAUGGGUCUGCGGCAGCCACCUCACUGAGGCCUCUGUAUGCCACCCUGCGCCUUCACAACCUGGCCAAGCCCUCACCCCCCCAGCAGCUGGUGGUCUCCAUGUCUGCAGCUGAGGAGCUCCGCGUGGCGUGGAGCCCACCUGGUGGCCAAACACCCCCCCAGUGCCUGGAGUACGAGGUGCAGCUGGCAGAGGAGCAGAGAGAGGCCAAGGCUGCCUGGGCGUCCAUGUCCACCCAAGUGGAAACUGCUUUCACCAUCUCCAGAGCAAAUCAGAGCCGUGUUUCUUGUGUUCGUGUCAGAGGGAGAACAAACAGUUUCUGUGCUGAUGAGGGCUUCUGGAGUGAAUGGACACAGGAGUGCUUCUCUGUAAGCAGAAAAGAAGUCAAGCAGCUAUUUAUCCUCAUUCCGGUCAUCCUGGGGUUGUCAAGUAGCCUCUUAAUAUUUACAUUGAUUGGCCAAUGCAAGAAAAGAUCCCCAGCAGGAAAACCAUUGCACACAUUGGUGGGAUGCUAAGUGCACCCAUGGCUGCUGUGUUUGAUGGGCUGCUCUCACAUCAUCCCAAGGACAGCCAAGAAGCCCGGAGCUUUCUAGGCCAGCGUGGGUCUCCCCUGUGCUGUGUGAGGCUGGCAGUCACAAUGCAAUCCUCAACAGGCCCAGGAAAACAUGGGAGGAGCUGUAAACUGACUGGAGCAAACUGUUUCUAAUAGCAAGGCAAAGGAGAAAAAGGAGGCGUGGAAAUUGUGAUGAAUAAAGAUAAAUAGAAUCCGCAGAGCAACAUGUUAUUUGUUUACUAAUUUAUUUUAAGGAUUCCAUGAAGCUGUAUAGCAGGGCAUACGCUGAAGCUUGGUACCCAAAUGCUGGGUACCA